GCAGUCUGGUUUAUUGUUCAUAUGUGAGGGAACACAUGACGUUACAUAUAACUUUGCAUACUUUAUAUUGUAAGUGCUGAUAUCAGACGUAGUAUUACUAACUAUAGGGAUCUAUUAUUUUAAACAAUUAAUUAAUCCGAGAUAAGACCUUGUUUCCGGUUACUAGGGUAAGUAAAAGGGACUAGAAGAAGAGUACUGGCUCCCACCUAGAGUUCAUUUUGACUGUCGGAGUGGCGUUACCCUCAUCAAACUUCAUCAAGGGGCGCCGUUUGUAAAAUCUUGCACGUUCUAAAAUCCUGUGCAGUUUUCGUACAUGAAUAAAAAAAGCAGGACAAUAUUCACAUGUCACUUUUUCAAACAUUUAGAGACAAAAUCAUGUAAAUACAUGCAAACAACUUUUACAAGUACAAUGUUUGGCAGUAACACAAAGUUGUUAAAUAAUAAAUGUUAAAUGUAAAUGUAAAUGUUAAAUGCUAUAUAAAUAUAAAUAGAGGGAUGGCUACGGCGGAAGGCGCCGUUGCUUAGCAACCGACUUCUCAAACAAGCGCGAGCGGCAGACUCGGCACGUUAACUCUCCUCUGGAACACGGCUCCAUGGAUCUUUUAGAUAUUUAACGUUACAUUUAAGUAGUCGAAUGGCGGGCAAGAAGAAAGAGGCGACUCUCCAGGUCGGACAAACACAACACGGCGUGUGUAAUGUUGACAUCAGCCCUCCAUGUUUUUUUUAAAAGUUAACUAACUUAAAGCUCUAAUAUUAAUUGAGCUUUUCUUGUGCAGGCCUCGGUCACAAACCAAGAGCAGUGGGAGGAGAUGCUUGCGACCAAAGGUUUAACAGGUAAGCACUUCAGACGCGUUAUGUGCCGUCAAAGGUGAAUACUAAUCGUCACAAUCUGUUCAAUAGUGUCGUGUAAAAUGAGCGCCGUCGUUGUGAGUGUCAUUUAUUGUAUGUUGCUGCCCCCCUGUGUUCAUCGCGAUAACUGCAGGUCGAAUGCUCACACCAGUCCUCCCACUGUCUCUGUUCCAGUUGUAGAUGUGUACCAGCAGUGGUGUGGUCCCUGUCGAGCUGUGGUCAGUCUCUUGCGCAAAAUAAAGAACGAACUGAGUGAUGAUCUGUUACAUUUUGCCACGGCCGAGGCAGACAGCAUCAACGCCCUGGAGAGGUAUCGAGGGAAAUGUGAGCCCACCUUCCUCUUCUAUGGGGGCGGGGAGAUGGUGGCUGUGCUGCGAGGGGCCAAUGCUCCUCUCCUACAGAGGAUGAUUGUGGAGGAACUGGCCAACGAGAAGUCGGUCCUGGAGAGAGGUCGUGAACGUAAGAGGGUUAAAGAUGAUGGUCUGAUGGAUGAUGAGAAGAAGGACGAGGAGGAGUCACCGCAGCAGUCAGAAAAUGACGAAAGCCUAAUUGUUCCCGCCAGUAAAUCCUACACAGUUGCCAUCAUCAAACCAGAUGCUGUUGCUCACGGCAAAGCAAAUGAGAUCAUUAUGAAGAUUCAAGAUGCUGGGUUUGAGAUCCUGGCCCACGAGGAACGCACCCUGACUGAGGUUGAGGCUCAAGAUUUUUACCGACACAGAGCAGAAGAGGCUGGCUUUGAAGACUUGGUGCAGUUUAUGUCCAGCGGACCGUCCCAUGUUCUGGUGCUCUCUCAGGUCGAGGGCUCGCCUAGUGUUGUGCCAGCAUGGCGGGAGUUGAUUGGCCCAACGGACAUAGAGGAGGCUAGGAGAGAUAAACCACAAAGCUUGCGGGCACAAUACGGCACACAGACGCUGUUCAACGCAGUGCAUGGUAGUGAGGACGCGGACCGGGCCAGCAGGGAGCUGGCCUUCUUUUUCCCAAACUUCAGGACGACCUCAGUGACGGAGCAGGAUGGGGAGGAAGAGCGUGUGGAGAGGACACUGGCUCUCAUCCGGCCUGACGUUGCCAGAGAUAACAGAGAGGAGAUCUUGGCUCAAAUCCACAGGUCGGGCUUCACCGUGGCCCUCAAAAGAGAGGUGAUGUUGACAGAGGACCAGGUCAAACAAUUUUACUUCCAACAUGUUGAGGAAGAUUUCUUCCCUGCAUUGCUUCAAAGCAUGACCAGUGGACCAGUGUUGGCGUUGGUUCUGGCCAAAAGGGGGGCUGUCCAUCACUGGAAGAACAUCCUUGGUCCCACUGAUGUUAAUAAAGCCAGAGAGCAGAGUCCUGAAUGUCUAAGGGCCCAGUUUGCUGUGGUGAACGAGCCAAUCAACCAGCUGCAUGGCAGCGAAAGUCACAUAGAGGCAAAACGAGAGAUCAACUUCUUCUUCCCUGAACAGCGCACACUGGCAGUGAUCAAACCCGAUGCCAUGAAUCAGCACCGAGAAAAUAUUCUGGAGGAGAUCAGAGGCAGCGGUUUCUCCGUAAAGCAGCUGAAGGAGAUGGUGCUGUCGAGGGAGAUGGCCGAGCAGUUUUACAAAGAGCACAAAGAGAAGCCUUUCUUCGGCCAACUGGUGGAAUUCAUGUGUCGCGGCCCCUGUAUGAUGCUCAUACUGACCAAGGAAAAUGCAGUGGAGGAGUGGAGGGCCGCUAUGGGCCCUUCAGACCCUGAUCAAGCCAAGACAGUAUCCCCAAACUCCCUGAGAGCCCGCUUUGCCUCCGACAUCCUCCACAACGCCGUGCACGGCUCCUCCGAUGAGCAGCACGCAGAGGAAAAGAUCCGUUUUAUCUUUGGUGACAUCUGCGCGGAGCUCGCCGGUGAUGGAGAGACUGACACAUCCAGUUUGGAAAAAGAGCAAGACGAUUCUGCAAAUGAAGACAGAAGAAACUCAAGAUGUUCAACUGAAGAAAUGUCUGCUAACUGUCCCCAAGGUGAAACCGCUAACGCGGAUCAGCGCAGCCCCCCGGCAGCAGGAAGUGACAACACGCAAACUGAAUCUGCAGGCUUAGUGCGGUAGUUUUCUUUUGUAUUGUGGGCCUAUUCUGUAACAUUAGGGGAACAAUCCAUCUCUCCAUGAAUCAGGAAAUCGACAAGACACGCGUUUCGUAGACAUGCAUGUGGAGGAUCAAUAGCCAGUUAUAGGGAGUAUUUGCAGACUCAGGUCCUUUUAAAUAGCGCUGACUGUCACUUACAGUUUAUGGACAUUUCUGGCUUGACACAGCAGCUGUAAGCUUUACAACUAAGGAUCACACAGAGUAACUCAGAGAAGUAUUUAGCGUAAUCCAAACUGUUCGAUCGUUCUCCAAUUGCCUACAAUAAAGUUAUCAAUUUUAACUUCUA